AUAGUAAAAUAACAACAGAUGGUGCUGCUCUCCGACCAAACGAUUGUAUGAAAUUCAUCAAUCCGAAGUAGUAUUAUUUAAAACAUCAAAAAAUGGAAGAAAGUAGAGAACAAAUUUUGGCAGAUUUUCAAUCUUGUACAGGAUUAGACGAUUUAGCUGAAUGCAUCAUGCACUUAGAAGCAGCCAAUUGGAACUUACUAGAAGCACUUAAUAGUGUCAUGCCUCAGGAAACUCAAACUCUUCCAUCUGAACAUAGAAAUAUUCCAAUUGAAGUUAUAGAUGAUUCCAGUUAUACAGAAACAAAUUCUACAACAUCUAGACCCAAUAUUCUUCCAGAGUCAGCUCAUUCAGAUCACAAUAUACCAUUAGUUUGUGUUGAAGAUGGACCACCUGAAAUAAGGAUUUUAAAUAUAUCUGUAAAAUAUAAAGAUAAGAUUAUUUGUCUAGAAAUUCCUGAUACUGAAAGCAUAGCCUCAAUAAAAACAGCAUUAUUUUCUGAAUUUGGAAUACUUCCAUGCAGACAACAACUUUGUGGAUGGAAACAAAAUCACUUUACUGAUGAUACAAUUUUGUCAACAUUAAGAUUGCCUUCCCAAACAACUCUAAUUCUUUCAACUGCAGAAACACCAAGUGUGUCAAAUACACAACUUUCCUUUUCUGACAAGUUAAAUAUGAUGUUUAAGUUGCACAUAACAGAUGAAAGUAAUAACAAAGAUUACACACUGAGUUUUCCAGGAUCCAAGACAAUUCAAGAGAUUAAGCAAGACAUCUAUGCCGUUACAAACAUUCCGGUAAGAUUUCAGCAAUGGAUAGGUUGGCCUGAAUCUGCUGCAGAUGAAAGUAUGACACUGGCUGCAAUAGAUAUUAAUUUUCCAGUCCAUAAUCUACUGUUGAAAAGAAAAGAAAGCUUAGCUUCUAAAAAGAUAGUUGAUAUCAUGUCAAGUGGCAGUAGUGGAGAUGAAUUUGAAGAUGCUAAUGAAUGUGUUGAUGUUGAUGAUGAUAUAUUUCAAACAUCAUCAUCAAGAAAACAAACAUCUUUAAUACCUGAGAAUAUAGAAGAUGAAAAUAGUGCAUUGGUACAUUUGAAUAUGGAAUUUAUAAAUAGAUAUGGAGACUGCCAUCCAAUAUUUUUUCAGGGAACACUAUCAGAUGCUCUUCAACAUUCUUGCCAAAGACCAGCUAAUGAGAGAAAGCCUCUGAUAAUAUAUCUUCACCAUGAUUCCAGUGUUCUAACAAAUGUAUUUUGUACUCAACUACUCUGCUCAGAAACUAUUGUGACAUAUCUCACGCAAAAUUUUGUAACAUGGGGUUGGGAUUUAACUCAUGAAGUUAAUAAAACUAGGUUUUUAACUGCUGUCACACAGCAAUUAGGUGUUGUAGCAGCAAAUGCCAUUCAGAAUAUUGCAGUUGAUCAUUUACCAGCUCUCAUAGUAAUUACAAGAAUAAGAUCUGCCACAGAAGUUCUCACAGUUAUCCCUGGUAAUGUUAGUUUGGAUGAAUUAAUGACUCGUUUGAUACAUGCAGUAGAAGUAUUUAAUAAUGAAUUGUCUUCAGAAAUAUUACAAGAGCAAGCUAGACUAGCAAGAGAAGAAGUUAAAAGAGAACAAGAUGCAGCAUAUGAAGCAUCAUUAAAAGCAGAUCAAGCAAAAGAAGAAGCUAGGAGAUUAGAGUUGGAGGAAAAGAAUAAGAGGGAACAAGAAGAGCAAAUGGAAUUACAAAAAUUAGAAGAAAUGAAAAAACAAGAAGAAGCAAUCAAAGAAGCAAUUUGCCAAUCUUUAGCUGAACAGUUACCUAUGGAACCACCAGAAGAUAGUCCGGAAUCUAUUAGUCAUAUUCGAAUUCGACUUCCAUGUGGAGAAUAUAUUGACAGACGAUUUUUAGUGUCUUCUCCAUUGCGGUUUUUAUUAAUGUUUGUAGCUUCAAAAGGUUAUCCUAUGGAAGAGUAUAAAGUUUUAGCUAAUUGGCCAAGACGAGAUCUAACAACAUUACCACAAGAACAUACACUGGGUGAAUUAAAACUUUAUCCUAAAGAAACUCUUACAUUAGAAGAAAGAUGAAUAUCUAAAAUAAUUAAUUAUUGCAAUUGUUUAUUAUUCCUAUUCUCUGCUAUUAAGCAGCUGGUUCUGUGGUACAAAAAAAGGAAAACUACAUGUACACUUCUCAGAGCCUCCAAGGAAAUAUUUCAUGUAAGUUUGUGUGGUGAUGUGCAUAGCUUAAUGUUAAGUCUGGUGUCACUGUAUAAACAUAGUAGAAAAGCAAGAGAAAAUUAAUACCUGAUCAGAAUUUAAAACAAGUCAAUUUUAUAAUAGUCUGUUUGAAAAUGCACAUUUGUAUUUUUUUAAUUAAAAAAAAAA